AUGACAACGAUGAUUAAGCAAGAGGCACCUGGGAGUGUCGGAACUACACGGAGCAGAUAUCUCUGUCUCACCAUCUGCGGCUAUCGAAAGCCGGGCAUGAGCGAGGAAGAUUACCGCAAGCAUAUGGUGGAUGUGUCAGCGCCUUUGACAAAGGACCUCAUGGUCAAGUAUGGCAUCAAGAGAUGGACGCAAAUCCAUAAUCAGAGUUCGACCCGCGCUUUGAUGUCCGAAUUGUUCGACACGCAGAUGGCAAACAUUGCAGAUUUCGACUGCUUCAGCCAGGUCGUGUUCAAGGACAUUGAAGACUACAAGCGCAUGAAACAAGAUCCGUGGUAUAAAGAGCAUCUUGUCGGUGACCAUGAGAGAUUUGCUGAUACCAAACGAAGCAUGUAA